CUAUAUUCAUUUUCAACUUCCCGCUUUUUUAACUUACAUUAUUUUUUUGUUUUCUUGAGAUGAAAAUCACACAGGUUAUGAUUUGGAUACGCGGUUAAUUAGCUCCUAUUUUGAGUAAAAUUUAAUUCGCAACGUUGCGGGUUUGUAGGCACGUGGAGAAUUUAAAUGGAUUUGGCAAACUUCCAUCAGCAAUAAAAGCCACGUCAGAUGUCAGACAUUUACGUUUUCUAUCAUUAAACUGGGUAUUAUCUCCGAAUAAUUUUAUUUUAUUUUAGUUUAGUACCACUAAUUGGUGACAUCACUCUCUCCGAUAUUAUAUUAGCAUCCGUUGAAAACACUUUUAAUUGUUGUAGCAGUUUUCAGAGAAUCACCACGUAAAUAUGUUGGCAUGGGUAAUCCUUCUACUGGCUCUUUCACAGGUUGUUCAGGCAGAAAAAAUCCGAAUCCGAAGGCCAGGCAAGGUGUUGUUUAAACAUAGUGGAAAUGGCUACAAGAUUGAAAAUUCUACGUCGCUUAAUAACAACAAUUCAACUGGUGGAAAUCGCUACUACAAACAGUGUUUGGUAAAUGGUAAGUGGGUAUUAUGUCUAGGAACAUGGACACCCAGACCAACCACUACUUGUCCGCCUGGAUUUUUGUGCAUCGGUUCUAUCACCGCUGGGAAAAAGAAGCUCGUUUUUUCCAAGAAAUCGACAAAGAGUCCACGAAGAAAUGAUUCACACAAAAAUCAGAAAAUCAUGCGUAAAUGGGGAAGCUUUCGACCCACGUUACCUACACUGACAAUGAAACAAACCUAACGCAUUAACUGUAGGCUUAAAAUUUGAACUACUUAUCGUUAGAUGAUCUAUAUUAUAAUACCAGUGUGCGUCUGUCUGUCUUUCACGCAAAAUGGCUACCGAUGUCCCUUUGAUCUUUCCACGAUUUUUAAAAACCAGGCAGUUGUUUAAUCGAAAA